ACUACAUCAGUACAUGUACAAGAGUUUAGUACUUCAAGUGUAGUUGUUUCAUCCACCCAGCAGCAUACCAAGGAGUAGUGCAAUAGUGCACCUGUUUCCUCCUGUACAUGUACUUUGUCAAUCAUCCCUCUUUUGUUUUCCACUUUGCCAGCAACGUAUCAUUUUGAGUUCCCUCAUACUCACGAAGAAAAUUCCAUUGAUUGAGAAACUGAGAUUUUUGAGUUUGGUUUUCAAAUUAUCGUAUCCAAAGAAGAUAUCGAUACUGGUGCACACCAGUUGUCUACAAUGGAUGCGCAAGCUGUUUCUGAGCUGCGAUCACGUUUGGAAUCAUUUCAACAAGGCCACCUCUUGCAGUUUUGGGAGCAGCUGGAUGAUGUUCAGAAGCAGUCUCUCUUUGAUGAUCUCUCAUCUAUUGAUCUGCGUAAAGUGACUGAUUACUACAAGAGAACCACGCGGCAGACUGGCGGUGGUGGUGGUACAGAAAGAAGUGAUGAGUCAUUGAGACCAGUACCUGAUGAGCUGAGUGGCAGUGUUAGUCGUAUGAAGAGUGAUGAGCAAGGUCAUUACAACACCUUGGGUCUUCAGGCCAUUUCCGAGGGAAAGGUGGCGGCACUGCUUCUCGCCGGUGGUCAGGGCACACGUCUUGGCGUGCCGUACCCGAAGGGAAUGUACGACGUCGGACUGCUGUCGAGCAAGCCCCUGUAUCAGCUACAAGCCGAGCGCAUCCUUCGACUGCAGCAUCUGGCCAAGAAACAAAGUGGUGUGGAUUGCACAAUACCGUGGUAUAUCAUGACAAGUGAGCACACGAAGGGAAAGACAGAAGAAUUCUUUGUCCAGCACGACCACUUUGGCCUUAAUGCCAGCGACGUUGUCAUCUUCGAACAGGACAUGCUGCCGUGCUUUGCCUUUGAUGGCAAGAUCAUCCUGGAGAGCACACAUCAGGUGGCACGGGCACCUAAUGGCAACGGCGGCCUCUACCAAGCGUUGGGCACGCAUGGCAUUGUUACUGACAUGCGUCAACGUGGCAUCACGUGUAUGCAUGUGUACGGUGUUGACAACAUCCUGGUCAAAGUCUGUGAUCCAGUUUUCAUCGGGUUCUGUCAGACCAAGAAUGCCGACUGUGGUGCGAAGGUAGUGAAGAAAGCAUUCCCCACAGAACCAGUCGGUGUGAUUUGCCAAGUUGACAACCAUUUUGAGGUUGUGGAGUACAGUGAGAUCACGCUGCAGACCGCAGAGAAACGGCGAGCGGAUGGACAGCUGGUGUACAAUGCCGGCAACAUCUGCAACCACUACUUCACCACUGACUUUGUGGAGUCGGUCAUCGAUCAGUAUGAAGACAUGCUCAGCCAUCAUGUUGCCAAGAAGAAAAUCCCUUCCGUCCGGGCGGACGGGACUCUAUAUAAGCCCUCAGUACCGAAUGGCAUCAAGAUGGAGAAGUUUGUCUUUGAUAUAUUCCAGUUUUCACAGCAGUUUGCAGUGCUGGAGGUACUUCGCGAGGAUGAGUUCUCACCACUUAAGAACGGUCCAUCAGCCGAGAAGGAUAGUCCGCAGACCUGUUGCCAGGCCCUACAGAGCAUGCAUUACAGAUGGGUACUGGCAGCAGGUGGCAAGUUUGUGGACGGUGCUGGUAGUGUGCGUCCGCUCAUCCCUCCUUUGUCUCCUAGCGCCCGUAGUCAAUCAUCAGAGUGCUGUGAAGUAUCUCCACUGGUGUCCUAUGCUGGAGAGGGUCUGAGCGAGAAGGUGGCUGGCAAGUCAUUUCUCAUGCCGAUCUUGUUCGAUGCCGACGGUAUGGACUUGACCAGUGGUGAUGGUGUGCAGGUCAAGUGUAUCUCCAAUGGCAAUGGUAGUGACCGUGGAGAGCCUGCUCCAAAGGCUUCCCGCCUUGCAUGAUCGUUGCCGGUUGUCGGUGUGGCUUAGCUCGUGUUGCGGUU